AUGUCAUCCUGGUUAAAACAUAAUUAUGAUGGAAACAGCGAUGAAGAAGAAAAUAUUAUAGUUCGGUUUGCCGAUUAUGAGACUUUUAAGUCUUAUGUAUUAAAUAAAUAUGAUAAAACACAUAAAUUACACAAUUAUCAAACGGAUAAUAUAUAUUUUUAUACAGUUAAAUGGAUUACUUUUAUAAAUAGGAAAGUUCCAAUUUUACUUCAAAAUAAAAAUGGAGCAUGCCCUCUUUUAUGUAUAGCUAAUAUAUUACUAUUACGAAAUCAAUUACAUAUUGAUAAAAAAAUUAAAAAAAUAUCUCAAAAAAUAUUAGAAGACAAGAUAAUAAGUAUAUUAUUGGAAUCAAAUAAAAAAAAUGUAACAAAUAAUAGUGCUUCAUGUAAUUAUAGAAAAAAUAUAAUUGAAUGUAUAGAUAUAUUACCACAAUUAAAAUAUGGAUUAGAUGUAAAUUGUAAAUUUACAGAUAUACAAUCAUUUGAAUAUACUAAAGGAUUAUGCAUAUUCGAUAUGUUAAAUAUUCCACUAUAUCAUGGUUGGGUAAUAUCAGCUGAUGAUAAAAUAUUUUAUCCUUAUUUAAAAGAUUAUUCAUAUAAUGUCAUUAUAAAUAAAGUUAUUAAAUAUAAUGAAUAUUAUGAAAAAAAAAGAAAGAGUGUAUCUAAAGAAGAAUCUUCAAAUGAAAAUUUGCUAAUUAUAUCUCAGGCCUUAAAUUUAGAUUUUGAAAGUGAUGAUGGAGGAAAUUGUAGUGUUCCAAAAAAAAUCGAAGAAAAAGAUAACAUCCAUAUAAAUGAUAUGGUUAUUUCAAAAGUUAAUUCAAAUACUAAUAAAAAAUUAGAAUUUAAAACAUGUGAACAUAUAAAUACAAUGCCUAUUGAAAAUUCUAACUCAAGCUUUAGUAUCAAAUCUUCUAGUAAUACAAAUGCAAAAAUAAUAAAAUCACAAAGUAGCAGCAUACCUAUAUUUCCUGAUGAUUUGGAUAAAAAUUCUGAAGAUAAUUAUAAAACAAAUAUGCCUCAAAAUCCGGUUCUUAAUUUAGGUAACUAUAAUGUUGGGCAUGAUCCUUGGGAAGAUAAAAGCAAAACGGAUUUCAGUAGACGAUUUUAUAAUUCGAAUCGAAAUUCGUAUAGCAAUGAAAUAGGAAUAGUUAAUAAUAAUUAUAAUAUGAUUAAUAAUAAAAGUAAUGUAAAUCAAAAUAACAUUAACAAUAAUAAUGAUAAUUCUAGUGGAAAAAAAAAUCCUAUUAUCCCGAUUUUUUUGAAAAAGGACAAAAAAAACAAUAAAGGUGAUACAAUAGAAAUAAAUAAUCCAGAAUGGAUAAAUAAAGCUGGAGAUGUGCUAAAAAAAAAAAAAGAAUCUUUAACGCUUUUAUUUUCAUCUCCAUUACAUAAAAAAACUAAAAAAAAAGAUAAGGAAGGAAUAAAUGAUUAUGAAAAUGUAGAAAAUAUAAAUAAAGAAAGUAAAAAUGGAGAUAUAAAACAACCUUUAGAAAUAGCAUAUGUUAACAAUGAAGAAAAAAAAAUAAAUACCCCUAAAUUCCCAGAUGAUAUUAUAUCUGCUAAUGAUAAUUUUAAAACAAACUCAUUUUCAUUCAAAUCGGAUAUUCUAGACACUAGUGUAAAUAAUAAUAUUAAUGCAAAUUAUGAAGUAUUUGAAAAAGGGGAUAAAAUCAAAAAUUCAAAUAAUAAAGUGCAUUCUGAAAAUAUUAUAGAUAAUGAUAAUAAAUAUAAAGAACAUAUAAUUAUAAAUAAUUAUAAUACUAAUAUCAAUUUAACACCACGUGAAUUUCAUGAAGCAUUAAUUAUACUUGAAUUUUUAGAAGUUUAUAAAACUCAAUUAACAUUAGUUGGCUUGAAGUUAUUACAAGAAAAUUUAAAUGCUAACCAACUAGUAGCAUUUUUUAGAAAUAACCAUUUUAAUACUCUUUUUAAAUAUAACAAUAAAUUAUUUUUAUUAGUUGGAGAUAUUUCUUUUUUGCAUUUAAGAUGCACAUGGGAAUUAUUUGAUAGUGUAAAUAAUGACACUACUUAUUGUGAUAAUAAUUUUAAAUGUAUAACAAGCGAAAAUAUGUCAAAUUUGUUCAAUCAACAUAUAUCAAUUUUAAACAGUUUUGAAAACAUGAGUAAUUUGAAAGCAGAUAUGCAAUCCAUAAAUGCAUAUUCAUCCUAUUUACAUAGUAAAAAAAAAAAAAAAAAAUGUACAUUCAUGUAG